AUGCAUGCGAAGAAAAAGAAUGGUUGGAGCAGUGUAGCUCCUUCAGUUGAUGAUUCUCUUACUGUUCUCUCUCAGUUAUCCAUUCUAGAGCAUGCUGACUAUGAAGGUAACCAGGGAAAAGCUUUGUUACUUUUUGACCAACGAGAUACACGUUGGAUUAUCAAUUCGGGUGCUAUUGAUGAUAUGUGA